GUUGGCAUACAAAAGUUGGCCGGCCUAACGUUCCACAAGAGGCCGUCGUGUAUAACGAAAAACAGUAGGAAGAAACGGCUGGAAAUGUCUUCCACUGACUUAAAAAUCCAGCUGAAAAGGCGAGAUGAGGAAAUCGAGCAGCUAAAAAGCCGUCUAGCCGAAAAAGAUGAUGAAUUGGAAAAGUUACGAGUACUUGUGGAUCAGUACAAGAGUGUCCUGGAACCUUCGAGUGGUGCUACAGGUCCCCGCCAACGUGGCGUUGGGAUAUCGGCUGAACCACAAGCUAAAAAUAUCGAACAAAGGCCGCUUCAAGUGCACAACAAAAGCGAAAGGUGUCGCUGCAAUCGAAGUUUGCCGAUAGUUGGAAGAAGGAUGGCGUAUACCCUGCGAGAAUUGCAAUUCGUCCUGCGGCAAAAGGUCGAAGAGAUUGAACAACGAGACGAACUAAUCGACGAGCUUGAGAACGAAAUCGAUAAGAAAGAUGAGAUUAUAAAUCGUUUACAGAAUGAGUUAGACAAAUGCCGGAGUGUAUUAAACACAAAAGUUUGCCAGUGUUCUUUUAAAUCAGUAGAUGAAAAACCAAGAAAGAAAAGAACAGCUAUAUCAGCUGAGCCUCCAAAAACUCUUCUUUCUUUUCCUGCCCGUGUCCCAAAGGAUUCCGCCGUCGCUAAGAAUUUACGAGACGCCGUUAGAUGCAAUGAGUUCAUGAGUCGCUACGACGAUAUACUAAUAUCGCAAAUGGUUGAUUGUAUGAGAUCGGAAACUCGAGAAGCCGAUGAGGUUAUUAUCAAGGAGGGAACUUUCGGCGAUAACCUUUACGUUCUUGAAGAGGGUCAAGUUCUCGUAACUAAUAAUAAGAAACUCGAGCGUAAAAUGUCGGCCGGAAAAGUGUUUGGUGAAUUAGCCAUAUUGUACAACUGUAAAAGAACGGCUUCUAUUAAAGCGAUAACCAAUUGUAAGCUAUGGGCUAUAGAUCGGCUAAAUUUCCAAAGUAUUAUGAUGAAAACUGGGAUGAAAAGACGAGAAGAGUACAUCAAGUUCUUAAAAAGCAUUCCACAAUUUAACAACCGCAAAGAGGAAACGCUAGGAUCGAUUGCCGACGUUCUAGAAGAAGUCCAUUUUGAAAAGGAUGAAUAUAUCAUUCGACAAGGUGCCGUCGGCGAUACGUUCUACAUAAUAGCUAAAGGACAGGUUCUGGUUACGAAAAACGGUAACAAUAACGAUGAACCUGAUUUCAAACCGAAAUUCUUGAAAAGGGGCGAUUAUUUCGGAGAGAGGGCACUCGAAAGGGAGGAGACACGAUCUGCAAAUAUUAUCGUCACUGAUCCUAACGGAGUGGAUUGCCUCCAAUUGGAAAGAGACGCCUAUAAACAGAUUAUCAGCCACAUAAUAUCGCCAACCGUACCUCGUAUGAGAUCGUUAGAAAGCGAUUCCCCUGCUAGCCUAAUUGGUAUUCAACUUUCCAAGUUUAACUUUAUCACAACCCUCGGUGUAGGUGGAUUCGGCCGAGUAGAUCUAGUUUGCAUAGGAAAGGAUAAAGCAAAAACGUUUGCCUUGAAAAAGUUGAAAAAACAACAUAUAGUCGAUACAAGGCAAGAAGAGCAUAUCCUAAAUGAAAAGAGAAUAAUGCAAAAAGCUCGAUGCGAUUUUAUCGUUCGAUUAUACACAACCUUCAAGGAUGCCAAAUAUCUCUAUAUGCUGUUGGAAGUUUGCCUGGGAGGUGAACUGUGGAGUCUACUAAGGGAUAAAAGUCACUUUGACGAUUCUAUGACUAGAUUCUAUACUGCUUGCGUAUGCGAGGCCUUAAUUUACUUACACGGUUUAGGCAUUGUAUAUCGGGAUUUAAAACCAGAGAAUCUUCUUUUAGAUACGUCCGGUUUUAUUAAGCUCGUCGACUUUGGAUUCGCAAAAGAAAUAGGACAUGGGCGUAAAACUUGGACAUUUUGCGGAACACCCGAAUAUGUUGCUCCAGAAAUCAUAUUGAAUAGAGGUCAUGAUUUAUCGUGUGAUUUAUGGUCGCUAGGAAUCCUUAUGUUCGAAUUAUUGACGGGAAAUCCCCCAUUCUCUGGAGCGGAUCCAAUGAAGACUUAUAAUAUUAUUCUUAGAGGAAUUGAUGCAAUUGACUUUCCUAGACGAAUUACAAGACAUGCGCAAAACUUGAUUAAGAAAUUGUGCAGGGAUAAUCCUACAGAAAGAUUAGGCUACGGAAGAGGAGGAAUUAAAGAUAUACAAAAGCACAAAUGGUUUGAUGGUUUCAAUUGGGAAGGCUUGAGAAGAAGAUCCUUGAAACCACCGUACGUUCCGAAAGUUAUGAGCGCGUCUGACGCUUCAAAUUUUGAUGAGUAUCCUCCAGCAACCGAGCCAGAACCUCCAGAUGAUAUUUCUGGAUGGGACAAAGACUUUUGA